CUCCAUCGUGCACGGUAGGAGAUGAAUUUUAGCCAUACUUGCAGGCAGAGGGAGAGUCCCCUAACACUAGACGUACAGCGUGCUGAGGUCACAGAUUGGAGGCGGAGUUACCGCCUUACAUCAGGAAAUCAAAUGGAGGCUUCUCUGGGAUGUUUGCAGAACCCUGACCUAAGCUCUGUGCUGUCAUCAUGCGAGCCGGAGCUUCAGGAACUGAUGAGACAGAUUGACAUAAUGAUCGAUCAUCAGAAGAAGGAGUGGGAGGCUGAGACUCAGGCCAUGCAGCUCCGGCUGAAGAGAGGGGAAGAGGAGCUGUUGGCUUCCAGGAAUCUCGUUCACCGGAGGGACCUGGAGAUUGGAUUGCUCCACAAGCAGCUUGAAGAAGUCCAGCCUGGUCCAAAUGAGAUGAUUACCAAGUACGAGCAGCAGCUGCAGAAGCUCCGGGAGGAGUUGGAUAAGUUAAAGAGAAGUUAUGUCAAGCUUCAUCGCAAACAGCUGAAGGAGUCCAGUGGAGGAGCAAACCCCAAAGCAUCAGAGCACUCAGAGAUGGAGGUUUACCAGCAGCGCUCUGUAGAGUGGGAGCAGCAACACAUCCAGUCCCAAAAACUAGUGAAAGAGCUGGAGGCCCAGAACAAGAGCCUGACUGAUGAGCUCACACUAAGGAAGUCCCAGGGGGCGUUGUGUCGGAAGGAGCGGGAGCGUCUGUGUUUGCAGCUGGAGAAGGCUCAGGGCAGCCUGCACUCUCAGGAGCUGGAGCUGGAACGCCUCCGCCCGCUGGAGCUGUGGCUGGGACAGACGCAGAGAGAGCAGCAGCUCAGCAGAGGGGUGCUUUCAGAGGAGAGGGAGGAACACCAAGCUACGCUGGACUCCCAGGAUUCCUUUGUGCAAAGAACCGGACUGGAAUGCCAGAGGCUGCGCACUGAAGCCGCCAGACUGACCCAAGCCCUCCAGGCUAAAGAUCAAGUCAUUCGCUCUCUUGAGGACUGCCUGGCCGCUCAGGGCUGUGCUGGUGUGGAAUCCCUCAGACAGGAUCUGGAGAAGAUGGCCACCAAGCUGUACUGCGCUGAAGCAUGUGAGGAUCAUCUCAAGGCUGAAGUGGCAUGUCUCAAAGAGAGAGUGGACCAAUCUGAGCUGAGGAGCAUCAAGGCACAAUAUGAUUCCUCUGUGGCAGAAAUGAAAAAGGUAAGAGAGGAGCUCCUCAGGGCGCGGCAGACUCACAGUGGGGAGUUGGCGGGGAUGAGGAGGGAGGUGUCAAAGCUGACCUCAGAGCUGCACCAACGAGACGUAACCACCUGCACACUGAAGGGCUCUUCCUCGAACAUCAGGCAGCAGCUCCGUGGGGAGCUGGAGCGAGCAGAAGCCCAGCUAACAGCGACUCGGGCGCAGCUGGAGAGCGUGCAAACAGAGAAGCAGCAUCUGAAGGGUCUGCUGCAGAGGCCGGAGGCUCCGUCACCAGAGAGGGGGGAGUCCUCGCUGGCGUCCCUCAGGGAGAGUUAUGUGUCGUCUCUGUGCAGCCUGGAACAAGAGAACAGCCGGCUGAGGAAGGACCUCGCUGAGCUGCAAGCCCGACUCGAGGCCUCAAGCAGGACCUGUCCUGACCGAUACAAACAGGCUCUGCUCAAUCACGCUACGACCACCCCCCCACAACCUGCUCAGGACAGGCAGGAGACAGCUACAAAGGCCGAGCUGCUGAACAGCGGCCAAUACCAGGGAGAGAUCCAGAGCCUCUUCCAGCAGCUGCACACCCUGUCCCAGUCCUCCUGUAGCCAGGCCCCAGACAGCAGGCCUACUUCUUCAGCAUCCUCCUCUUCCUCCACAAGACUGAUCAGGAGAAACUCUGUGCCAAGUCCAAAUGACUCUGCUGCUGAGGAGCAAAGAUCCAGCUCGGAAAACUCGGGGUCCAGAGAGAAACCCAUACCGUCUCCUUCUGCCAUGGAGCCUCUAUCCGUUUCUCCAGGGGACGGAACUGUCUCUCGUUUCCUGCAGGAAGAAAGCUUCCUGGCUAAGGAGCUGGUCCAGAAACUGGACUCCCACAUCCAGGGGAUGAGAGAGAGCAAUGCCAGGAUUCUCUCCAAGUACCUGCCGGGGGGCUCAGGGCCCGAGUCCCCCCAGACUUCAACCGACUGCAGACAGCAGAGUGGUUAGUGAUGGGGUGAGGUGCAGUAAAUCUGAAACUCAGUGCCUUGAACAGCGGAGGACAACUGCAUUCUUGUGCUUCAGUAGAUUCUACAUGAUGGAGGACGACGUUCUGUUGCGCAGAAACACGGCAGAGCAAACUAUAGCUGUAAUGUUGAGCUGAUGGCCAUAAACAAGACACUACAACAAAUCCUCUUUUUAGCGUCCAUGAUGUUUCCACAUGGCUUUUUAAAGACACACCAAGGUUGGAAGAAUGUAUUCCCAACUCGGGAAGCAGUAGCACCUGAAUUCAUCUUUGGCCUUUGUGAAGUUCCUCCCUUGUCAGAGCCCGUCUUGAUUUUUGAGCAAUUAAACUCAGAUUGACAACGCAGA